AUGCGCGUAAGGUCACUCUUGCAGGUAGCAAAUAAUCCCUUCAUUUCUAAAAAUAAGUGUGUAGUUAUCCUAAGUAUGCAAUAAAUGUAGAUAUGACAGUAUGAUGUGAAAAGCCAGUGUGAUGUUGGGAACACAACGUUUAUCAAAUACUACAGAUGUGUUACAGUUUUAAUCCACGGACACUGUUUUAGUGUGAGGAAAAACAUACGAUUAUAUCGAGCGUGCUUCUGAGUUGGGUAUAGGUCAACCUGCCAUUUAGUUGAACAGCUAACUUUUUCCACAGUUGCUCAGAACACAUUACUCACUAGGCUGAAUAGUAUUUACACAAACAACAGCAGGUUAUAAAUAGAAGCUUGCAAUCUACUGGAAAAACUGAUAAAUUCUGUGAACGUUAGAACCAAGCAGGCUAUGUAUUUAUAAUAUAAAGGUAGUGAAAGUGCUAAUUUAUAGUUGAUUGAAUAGAGAAUUCCAUAUUUAUCAACUUAUGUGUGUGCUAUAUUCCUUAACAAAGGGACAAGUGGAUAUUCCAAUCAAGUAAUUUCUAUGUUUCUUUACUUAUAGAAAGUUUUAAAGAGUGCUAUACCCUUUAAUAAUCUAUGGAUGCUAGAACCAAAGAGUCUAUGAUUUUAAACUUUGAGUGUGUAAAAGUUUUAAACAAAAGUUAUCUUUUAUUAUCAUUAGACGUUUGUUGAUUUCGACACACAAUGGACAAAGAUAAAAAGCCAGGAAUCCUAGGAUUCCAAACCAAAGAUGCACUGAAAGGAGAAAACAUGAAAAUAUCUUCCGAUUUAAGAACUCUCCGGGCAAACUAUAAAGAAAUUAAACUCCACCUUGAUAAUCUGGAGAGAGAGUAUAUAUUAUCAAAGGCCAGUGUACCCAUGGUAAGAUACAAUCUUUUAAAAGAUAUGAUCAAAAAGGUGACUGAUAAAAAAAUAUUAGAGAAACUUAGAAGCUGGAUUGCGACGGUGUCACAGCACGAAUCCAACCACAGUAGCUCGGGUUUGUUGGAAAAAUGUAAGGAAUUCUGUGAGAAAAAACCGUCGAGAGAAAAUGUCGACCCACAACCUAAAGAACACAAAAAGAGCGGGGUAAGCGGGUUGUUACAAAGAUGUAAAGAGUUUGCUGGCGAAACGGACCAACUUGGGAAGACAGAGAAAGAUCUGCAGUUAUUAUCAAAACAAGAAGUGAUAGACGAUAACGAAAAAAAGAGAAAAGAAAUAAAGGAAUUGAAUGAGAAAUUUCCACGAAUAUUAAGUCGCCUAGAACAGCUUUCUAAUGGAUAUGAGGAAUAUAAGAAAUUACCUUUCACUACGAAAUAUAGUAAAAUGAAAGAAAUGAUUAAACUAGUCAUUACGGACGAAACCCUGUAAAACAGGUCAAUUUUCAACAUGGCAAUCGUCAAUUGGUAGACGUGAGCCGUGAAUGAUUUUAGAAAUAUUAUUACAUAAUACAGGCCAAAUCGCCAAAAGGUCAGUUAAUAUUGAGAGCUGUAAAACGUCUGAAGGAUAAUUGCCUGGAAUUAUCUGAUAUGACCUGGAAUGUAGUUAUUUAACCCCAAACAACCCUUCUCAGAAAAUAUGGAAGACCAUGGGGGAAAUGGGACAAUAUUAAUAAUGAUUGUUUCUACAUUCUAGUUUGAACAUUAAUAGACUAAAGCAACAUUUUAAGCUAAUAAUUGUUGUUUCUACAAUCUAAUGUCAACAUCUCAAGCACAAAAUCAACAUUGGAAACUAUAAGGAAUUGACUUUGUUUCAUUUUCGGCGUUUUAUUAGAAACAAAAACCAUUGAUGUCCCAUUCAAUUUGGACUUCUAUUGAAAACAUUAAUAAUCGUGACAAUUAGGCUGGAGAAUCGAUACAAAACUUUUAUUAGACUGUAAUAGUUUAUUAAAUUGUGUAGACGAGUUGGUAUAUAGACGAGUUAACCCGGGGACAAGUUGACGUAUGGACGACUUAACAUUCAAUGAUUUGGGAAUUAAAACUUGUACAUAAUUUUUAUAUAACACAUAAAAUAUUCUACUUUAUAAACUUAAAAUAUAUAAAUAAAAAUAUAUAUCGAUG